CAGAAACCAGAUGUUUUAUUUCUAAUGGAGUAGCAUAAUACCAGACUCCAAGUCAUGUAAGUGCUGGUUGAGGAAAAGACAGUGGAAUUGAGGCUGAAGUAGUCCAUGAACCAUACGUUGGCUUCUAACAGAAAGCCUUUGAAUCAGAAGGCGCUCUGCAGCACUCUGCCCCGGCAAGCAGCGAGGGGGGUUCCACAGUCUCCAGCUAGAAAAAUCCAGGACAUCCGAGAGAUGGGGAAAAGAGAACUAAAGGUUUCUGUUCCAACAUUUGGCAAGAUUCCUUGGCUUAGUGAGGCCAGCCUCAUAAACAAGCCAUUAGUGCUCAGCAUCCCCAAAAGAUAUCCUCAUGCCUCUGCUACUUUUCUGAUUUCAUCCAAGAAGGAUAGGAAUUUGCCUAUUUUGUUUCAAGUUCCAGAUGUCUUAUCUAAGGCCAGGAGGAUCCAGAGUAACCCCAUGCUGAUCAGAAACAAGCAGCUGUGCUCCAUAUGUCAAGAAAUAAAAAUGGUACAACCAAGAACUAUGAUAAUCCCUCAUAAUCUGAAAUUAUCCUUUGAGAAUUUUAUGAGUCAUAGAAUGAUGAGUCUUCCUCCACCAAAAACUCAGACUGUAUCCAAAUGUUCCCAUAAUGACAUCUCAACAGAGAGUAUUCACUACAGACUGCCCAUUCUGGGCCCCAGGACAGCUGUCUUCCACGGACUGUUGGCAGAUACCUACGCAACUCUGCGGGACACACAACUCUCUUCCUUGCCCAGAAAGGAGCCAAAGGGCAAGACAAUGAGGCAGUGAGUGGUCAGAGCUCACUAUGGAGCUUCACCUUCCAGACUCACAGAGAGAAAACAAGUUAACCAAGGCAGUUUCAGGCAUAUUAGCCUAAUUCCCUCCUGUCACCAAAAAGGUGACUCACUUUUCCCUUGUUGUAAGUUGCUCGAAUUCUAGCUCUUGCCAUUGUCUUCUCAUUUUCCUAAA